AUGGCAGGGGUGAAGGAAAACUCGCCCGCCAAGAGCAAGAAGAAAACGAGAUUUCUACCCCAGCAUCUCUCGCACUACAAGAGUUUGAUCCAUGACAACGAACGGAGGGCUUUUCGAAGAAUGUACUCGCAGUUCUACAUGUACAGCCCUCUCAAGCAAUGGAGUAUGUUCGACGUUUUCUCUUUCCUCGCCGACUUCCUCAACUUGCAGGACGUGCACUACAAGGGCAAGCACGAGUUCUCUGCUCGCAGCAUCUAUGGCGGAGUGGAUACCUUCGAGGACGUACAGGUUUUGAGGCGAGUGAUUGUCAACAGCAUCGACGGGAGCCGGCUCAUGAGCAUCGUCGGCAACAACAACCUUGCGCGCAUGCUCGGCAUCUCCUCCCGCCUCUCCCAGCAGGUUGUCAAGGGCCUCCAGCAGUACUGGGAGAUGGGCACCGACGUCUCGGUCAAGGUUACGGAUGACGUGACGGUGUCAACGAGUGAGGUGGAGGAGCUGGAUCGCUGCUUGCGGUCACGAGUGAGGCUGCUCAAGGACGAGCUUCGGCUCAAGGACGCGCGCAGGCGCAUCCAACCGCUGCAGGCUGAGCUGCUCAAGACGCGCGCGGAGGAGAGGGAGAUGAAGCACCACGCGCAGGUAUCGGGCACCUCGCAGGGCCUGAAGCAGCUGAGAACGACGACCACAGACCGACUGCGCGACCUGCAGGCGAGGCUGCAGCACCUGAACCAGCUGGCGAAGGAGCUGGAGGAGAGCGUGUCACGUGACAAGGAGGCGCACGAGGCUCUGAGCCAGCGAGUGUGCGACUCGUAUGCGAGCAGGCAGAGUGAGCUCGCUGCCACCGUCGAGCAGCAGCAGAAAGCGCAGCGAGACUUGGCGAUGCAGAGAGAAGACGUGGAGUUCGAGGUGAGCAUGAUGACUAACGAACUCAAGCAUCAGCUCGCCUCCUGCUACGCACCAGUGCACAAUCAGAAACAAAGAGUAGAUCGCAAAGUGAAGCUCGACGGUAUCAUGCAGCUUAUCCUCUUUGCUGAGUCCAUGAGCAACAAGGUCAACGUCAACCCCAACAUCUCCUCCAAAGUCACAAGCCUCAAGCACUCCUGCUCGCUCCUGCUGGACAUGUGCCCGGCUGACAAGUACCUGGACAUCGUUGAAAGCCAGCUGGGCCUGAGCAGAGCAUGUCAGGACGAGCAAGAGGACGCGGAAGAGACUCUCACAAGUCAGCGUGAUGAAUGCAAGAGAGCGAUGGAGCUGGCGACGGAUCUUUACAAGCGAACGGGCGCGAUGGAGAUAAUGAGCCCCUCGCUCUCCAUUCUCGACGAGCAGAUCGCUGCUCUUGACGAUCGCCUUGCUCGCGUCCUUCGAAGGAAGCGCAACCUUCAUUCUCAACUUCAGCCGCCCUCCGAGCCCCCGGCGUCGGACGACAGCGAAGACAAGCCCUACGUGAACGAGACAGUCUUCAAACGGAUCAUGCUGCAGGUGGUGGAGCAGGAGAAGGAGCAGGCUCUCAAGGCUCCUCCUCCCUCCCUCUACUCCCUCCAGCUCUGGUUUGCUACCGCCUCGGACCCUCAGCAGCUCUCAGCUGAAACUGCUCAUGCCGGCGAGGAAGACAAGGACGCGCCAGCGGCUGCUGACUCGUCGGCAGCCUGGGCGAGUAACUUGAAGCUGCCAGCAGUCUGA